AUGGGGCUGGAUUACAGUGUGGAAAAUGAAGAGAUAGUGACUGAUGUGGCUGAGGCCAUGCUGAGCCCUACUUUUGUUCUGUGGGAUGUUGGCUAUCCCCUAUAUAUAUAUGGUUCUAUUUUUAUUAUUAUCCUAAUUAUCUGGCAACUUAAAAGGAAUUACCAUAGAAUUACACUGAAAUCUAAAAGGAGCUACUGCCAGCAUUACCGGAAAGUUAAGCUAAGGUCAAGAAACGCAGCAUCAAGAGCUAGGAGUCAUUUUGAAGAAGAAUUUGAGAAGCCAAAGAAACUGCUUUCUGUGAUUAAAAGCCAGGGCUGGCACCCUCAGGAAGGAAGUGUGCGGCAACUCCUGUGCGCAAAUCCAUGCUGUGACAUCUGCAAUGAUGUGGCUCUGGAGAUUCAGCAGCUACUGGCAGACACCAAAAGUCAGAGCUCCGUCACCCAGUUGCAUGCUCCGUCACCUAGUUUAGCCAGCGUCCAUGAUUAUUGGGCUGAGCACAACCAGCUAAACGAGGAAUUUCAAGUCAAAGAAGUGCCCAAGGAUCCAGAGACCAGUUUAUAUUUAAGGCCAGAAAACCCUAAUGCUCCUAACAUCCAGCAGGCAGUGAUGCAAAGAAGCCCCAACUUUAUCUGUGGGUAUCAAGGCCUGAAUCCCCCAGUCCCAAUGCUGACUAUGAACCAAAAUAUAACUGCCAAUACUCUGGCACACCCUGUGGCCAUGCACAUGGUCACUGUGCACCCGACCCACCCGUCAAUUUAUAAUCCUGAAAUCCUGAGGCUGCUUGAAGUACAUAUGAAAAAAUGGAUGCACUUCCAGAGGUGGGGGCUUCCUAGACGAGUGGAGGAGUCAAUGAGGCAGUUUAUGCCACACCCACCACUCUUUUACCAACCUGAAAACAACCAACCACUUUCUUUCAUCCAGCAUUAUCCUCCUAAUUUGGCUAUAGAAAGAUUUGGGACUUUAUCUUACCAGACCUGGGGUUCAUGUAUGGCUGGCCAGCCCACCCAGGCCUUCUGGGUUUCAGAAUGGUCCAUAAUUGACCCAGCACAUCAAUACCACUAUCAGCGAAUCCAAAACCACCUGUCUCUAGUCUUACCCUCUCCAGCUUUUAAAGACUUAGACAGUUUCUAUACACUUCCUGGCCAACAGAUUGAUGAUUCGAUGAGUGAUUUGCAGCAAAAAUACAGACAGUUAUUUUGUGGCCUCCCUUCUUUGCAUAGUGAGUCCCUGCAUUCAGGAUGGUGUUCUCAAGAAUUGUCCUUGAAUGAGAGCUUGUCUAGGCUGCCCAUGAAGGAUCAUUUUCUCUUUCAAAAGCUCUCUCUUCUCCCCUUAUUACCUAAAACACCACCCCAGUCAGUCCAACCCUCUUUCCAACCAUCCUCAAAUGAGAUCCCUUCAUCAGAACGCCAGGAAACUCAGAAUAAUGUCCCAUUUUUGACUUUAGCUGAGUGUGAAGCUUUGGAGUGGCACUUGCUACAGAAGCAAUUCCAACUGCAGUGGGGUUUGCCAGCAAUUUUUCAAGGCUCUCAGCAUGUCCUGAGCCCCAUGCAACAUAUGCCCUAUGACAAAUCCCCAUCCUCUGGAACAGUGGAAACUUCUUGGCCACAGGAGCCUACCUCAGUCCACACCAGGGGAUUCUUAUUCUUUCUGGAGCAUUCCAGGAGGCCACUGGAUUUUCACCUCCAAAGGCAGUUGAUUCAUCAUCCCUGGAGCCUGUAUGAGAAGACCCAGCAGCCCAGAAAGCUGGUUCUGUCCCACAAUGACCAGCAGCCUCUGUCAUGGAGAAAAACAGGAGUAGACACCAAUGUGAGUGUCUCCAAGCCCACAGACCUAGAAGCCACUUUAGCUGGUGAGCCAUUCUCACAUCUCAUGCACACAGAGGUAGUUCACACACCACACUUGUUUGCCCAGGCCAAGGCAAUAUUACAGAGCCACAUACAUUCAAAAUGUGGGCAGAUUCUCCAGGGCAACGUCCCUGCCUGUAUAUAUAGUUCCUGGGGACAUAGUAUUCCUGAAAAUCUGAAAGUAGCUCCUUUCACCUGCAUCCCAGAAAGCAAGAACUUGGAGUUACAGGCAGCAACUGAUUCAGGUUCACAAGAUGAACCAAUACCCAGGAGUCCAGUGACCCUUGAUCAACAGAAACAAGACCCAUCAGAUGCAGUCCCUGCACACUCGAAGGUACCCCAAAUCCUGUCUAAGGCAGCCCUUGAGAAGCUGGAGGUAACGUUGAGGCACAAAUAUAUGGCCUUCUUGUCAGGGUUUCCUGCUCUUUAUUAUGUGACUCUCUCCAGGGCCAUGUCCCCUGAAAGAAUUACCCAAGCUAUAAUGACAGAGAUGCUUCCAAAGGCUGUAGAAAGCCCAGCCGAAUCUCUGACUCAGAAGAUCUCAUCAGAAAAGCUGUGUCUAAGUCCUGAACCAUGCUCAAGAGACACUGAAAACACUUGUGCUGAUGCUGCAGAUGACUUCCAGGCUGAAGCACAAAUGGAAGAAGUAGCUGAGCCAGUGACUCUAGAAAGUGAGUCAGAGCCUCUUAGAUCCAUCUUACUCCAAAACACUAAAUGUGGCAAACUCAAUUUCCAUCUGAAAAAGAAGAUCCUCGAGGUACAGUUGGGAAUCCCUAUUAAGGCAAAGGAGUCCAGGAAAAGAAAUCUAGAAAUCAUAACCACACUGGAGUCUCUUGGGACUUUAAACAAGAAAGAGAAAACAUUGUCCGACGAUAUCAUCGUCCCAGCAGAUACUCCUUGUGACCUAAAUCCAGACCAGCUCCACCAUAAAACACAGUCAGGCAUUGAGUUAAAGGCGGUACUGCAGAAUCAGAAGCAACCUCUUGCCAGUGAAGUACCCCAGGAUUCUAACAACUGGGUCGCCAAGAUCUCACAGCCCAGUGGAGAGAUCACAGAGACCCAGGUGCUUUGUGUUCAACUGGAAGCCACUGUGAGCAACCCCAUUGUAGAAGAGCCUUCGGAUCAUGAGUCUCAUAGCUCUGGCAAAAGUAUGGACUCAGCCCAAGUCUCCACACUGGCAGAAAAGAAAGAAGAUAGAGAGAUACCCAAAAAUGUGGGCAACCAGGGAGAAGAGGAUGCUGGUCCCCGGGAUAACCUUCAGCUUACGCUUCCAAAGCAGACUCUAGGAACCCAUGACAGAAAACACUCUGAGAAGAGUAACCUGAGAGGCAGCCAAACCAAAGAGAAUGUCAUCCUCAAACCAGCAAGGGUUGCUCAGUAUGCCCAGUCCACACGGCCUCACAUGUCUCAGGGCCAGGCUCUCCUGAAACAACCCCUGCAGAGGAAGCCAUUGCAGGGCCAAACAUUGCAAAAUCGAGUUGUGCAAGGCCAGAGAAUGCCAGUCCCUACUCACAAAAGGCCCAGCCUUGCAGAAUCAGACUUGAGAAGUAAGAUGAAAUCCUUUCUGCACUCUAUUAACCCCCCCAAGACAAUGGCCAAUAGGCAUGAGGAGCACAUGCUCUAUUCAGCAGAGAAAGUAACCAGAAAAGAAAAUGUUCAAAGGAACCUGGCUCCAGCCAAGAGUCCCAUGGAGCAAAGAGGGAAGCCCAAGGCCCAAUGUCCCCCCACUCCGAAGCAGGCUCUGUGUCCAUCUGGAGUUCAGGUGGUGGAGCAAAAUGGGCCCACCCCACAAACUGCUUAG